GCAGUUGGGAAGGUCCACGGAGAGCCAGGAGCCAACAAGUCAUCUCAGCACCUAAAUGAGGCAUUAAAUCUGGUCUGCUGCUGUCCGUCGGAAACUUCUCCAGGGAACAGUCCUAAUAGAAAUGGCAGAAAAGGUGAAUAACUUCCCGCCGCUGCCCAAGUUUAUCCCUCUGAAACCCUGUUUCUACCAGAAUUUUGCCGAUGAAAUCCCCAUCGAUUAUCAGACUCUGGUGAAGAGAAUCUACCACGUGUGGAUCUUCUACUGCAUCACGCUCGCCGUGAAUAUCAUUGCGUGCCUGGCGUGGUGGAUCGGGGGCGGCUACGGCGUCAAUUUUGGCCUCUCCAUCCUCUGGCUCCUUCUCUUCAGUCCCUGCGGCUACGUCUGCUGGUUCCGACCUGCCUACAAAGCCUUCCGGUCCGACAGCUCCUUCAACUUCAUGGCCUUUUUCUUCAUCUUUGGCGCCCAGUUUGUCCUUGCCAUCCUACAAGCGAUUGGUUUCUCGGGAUGGGGAGCGUGCGGGUGGUUGGCGGCCGUGACUUUCUUCAGCACCAACGUGGCAGCCGCCGUGUUCAUGCUGUUUCCUGCCGUCAUGUUCACAGCGUCGGCAGUCGCGAUGCUCUUCUGCAUCGUGAGGGUACAUAAAAUCUACCGAGGGGCUGGUGGGAGCUUUCAGAAAGCUCAGGAUGAGUGGAACAGCGGCACAUGGAGGAACCCCCCCAGCAGGGAGGCCCAGUACAACAAUUUUUCUGGAAACAGCCUGCCAGAGUAUCCCACGGUGCCCAACUACCCCCCAGGAAACCAAUGGCCUUAAGCAGCCGCAGCUGCAAACUGCCUGGAUUCUUUUAUUUUUUGGUCUUUUUAUUAUUGUUGUUUGAAAAGAUCAUUUGCAU